GUUGCCGUUGUCGGACGUAAUCGAUCGGUCAGUGCCGGGUGGUUUGCCGUCGAUAAAGUGCUCCGUCGAGUCGAGUGCGUUGCCUGUUUGUCAAUUGUUGUGAACGUAAAUUUCUCCGUACCCGGUUUUUGUUUAUUUGCAGACUGACCACAGAGCGCCAGGAGGACGAGAUGAGUCGCCGGUAUUCGCGCGUCGAGUCCAGCUCGGAUUUGCUGCAGUUUCUGGACCGUGGUCACUCGGCCAACACGGAAAACCGAUGGACGUUCGAGAUAGCUUGGGAGGUGGCCAACAAAGUCGGUGGAAUCUAUACCGUCAUCCGCUCGAAGGCGUUUGUCUCGACCGAGGAGCUGGGCGACCAAUACUGCCUGAUUGGCCCCUACAAGGAGGCGUCGGCCCGCACGGAGGUUGAGGCCUGCGAGUUUCCGAGCAAUGGGCCCUUCUACCGGGCCGUGACGGAGAUGCGCAACCAGGGCUUUAAGGUGCACUGCGGCCGCUGGCUGGUGGACGGGAAUCCGCAGAUCAUCCUGUUCGACAUUGGUUCGGCGGCGUGGAAGAUGGACGGCUACAAGCAGGAGCUGUGGAGCUCGUCCAACAUCGGCAUUCCUCAUCUGGACGUUGAGUGUAACGAUUCCAUCAUUCUGGGAUACACGGUGGCGACCUUCAUCGAUGAGUUCAAACGUUGCGCCGAAGUGUACUCGAGGGAGAAUGAAUACGGACCACCGAGAAUCGUCACGCACUUUCACGAGUGGCAGGCCGGCGUUGGUUUGAUUGCGUUGCGGACACGCCAGGUCGACGUGGCAACCGUCUUCACAACUCAUGCCACCCUUCUCGGACGGUAUCUGUGCGCGGGUAAUACCGAUUUCUACAACAACCUCGACAAGUUCCCGGUCGACGAGGAGGCCGGCAAGCGCCAGAUCUACCAUCGAUACUGCCUGGAGCGGGCGGCCACUCACCUUUCGCACGUGUUCACGACCGUUUCUGAAAUCACUGGCUACGAGUCGGAGCAUCUGCUCAAGCGUAAACCGGACAUCAUCACGCCGAACGGGUUGAACGUGAAAAAGUUUGCCGCCAUCCACGAGUUCCAGAACAUGCACGCUAUGGCAAAGGAAAAGAUCCACGAGUUCACCCGCGGGCACUUUUACGGGCACUUUAACUUCAACAUCGAGAAAACGCUGUACAUGUUUAUCGCCGGUCGGUACGAAUUUAGCAACAAGGGGGCGGACAUUUUCAUCGAAGCGCUCGCCCGGCUGAACCACUUGCUGAAGUCGAGCAACUCGGACGUGACGGUGGUGGCAUUUCUGAUCUUUCCGGCCCGCACAAACAACUUCAACGUGGAAUCGCUCCGAGGACAUGCCGUCACGAAGCAGCUGCGCGACACCAUCAACAGCAUACAGCAGGACAUUGGUAAGCGGAUGUACGAGACGUGUCUGCAAGGCCAGCUGCCGGAGGGUUCGGAGAUAUUAACGAAAGAGGACAUCGUUAAGAUCAAGCGCUGUCUUUAUUCGCUCCAGCGUGACGGAAAUCCACCCGUCACCACGCACAACGUUGUCGACGAUUGGAACGACCCGGUGUUGGAGUCGAUCCGGCGAUGUCAGCUGUUCAAUACCAAGUUUGAUCGCGUGAAGGUAGUUUUCCACCCGGAGUUCCUCAACUCGACCAACCCUCUGUUUGGACUCGAUUAUGAGGAGUUUGUGCGCGGUUGCCAUCUCGGUGUGUUCCCAUCGUACUACGAACCAUGGGGCUACACACCGGCCGAGUGCACGGUCAUGGGAAUCCCCAGCAUCACCACCAACCUGUCCGGGUUCGGGUGCUUCAUGCACGAACACGUGGCGGACCCGAAAUCCUACGGUAUCUACAUCGUCGACCGGCGUCACGUGGCCGUGGAGGAGAGUGUCCAGCAGCUCUCCAAGUUUAUGUUCGAUUUUUCCAAACUGAACCGUCGCCAGCGUAUCAUCCAGCGAAACCGCACGGAGCGAUUGAGUGAUCUGCUGGACUGGAGAAAUCUUGGAAUUUACUACCGUCAGGCUCGCGUCAAAGCGCUGCAACGUGUUUACCCCGACUAUGUUGACGAAUCGACGGAAUACCUUAAACGUGCUGGCGACUUUUCAUACCCGAGACCGGUCAGCGCUCCACCAAGCCCAAGUUCCUCCAGACACACCACACCAGCUCCAUCGCUCCACGGUUCCGAUGACGAGCAAGAUUCGGUAGAUUCGGAGGAAGAGCUACAAGAGCUUAAAAUAAACUCCCAUCACUAGAGAGCUUGACGAGCUCGAGUGAUCAAAGCAACCAUGCACUCCUCAAACUUUACGCCUGCCUUUGGAGAGGCGUGAAAAACUCCCAACAAACACCGUGUCAUUGAUGUCGGAUGCGAUUCAAACAAAAUAGGUAGAAUGCUAACUUGCCACUCGCAUGGGGAGAGACCGUUAAGGGUGUAGCUUUUAAAGCCACCAGGAGAAAAUCAAUAUGAUAUUUUAGACAAUGAUGUUGAGCGUUUUAAGUUUUAUGUAUACCUAGAUACUUGGGGGGACGCUGCGAAGUUCGAAGUGGGCCCGUGGGUUUACGCUACCUUCCUAAUGUUGGCAGUCUAUCGAUAAAUGUGUUCAAUCACGUCCGUACUAGAAUAGCUCUAUUGGAGAAUAUGUCUCGGCAGCGUUGUCGCCGUUUAAGAAAUAAAACCAUGUUUAAUUUCCAACUUUUA